AACAACAGCUCUCAACUAGAUAAGCAGCCGGGUUGAAGAGAGAUUUUGGGGUUUGAAACAAGAAGAUUUUGGGUGCCAAAGAGCAAAUCUUGCUUAGAACACGCAAGAAACCCCAUCGGAAACUUGUUGCUGGGUUUGUUUCCAGGCAGUGGACUCGAUUUGUUUUGAUUUAAUGGAGGAACCUCAGGUUGAUAAUCAAAAUGCAGUUGAAGAAUGGAUAAUCUCCAUGAUAGAGGAUCUUUCAAGAUUAUCUCAAUUAUCCUCCACUUGGAGCAUUUGCAAGGUCCCCAAGAAGCUCCGGUCAGUGAAAGAGGAUGCCUACGACCCUCGAAUUGUCUCAAUUGGACCAAUUCACUAUGGAGAAGAACAUUUGCUGCCUAUGGAGGAUCACAAACAGUAUUACCUUCUAUCCCUGCUUCAGCGAACACCUGAUGCCGUAGUAUCUCUUGAGAAUUGUUGCAGAACCAUAUUAAGUCUUGAUUCAAAGGUCCGUGAUUGCUAUGCAGAUCCAAUUGAGCCUAACAAACUUAAACUCGCAACAAUCUUGUUACAAGAUGCUGGUUUUAUGCUUGAAUUGUUUCUGAAGUACUCUGAGAUGGGGUCGAAAGUGCAUGAUGAUCCCAUCUUUUCAACCUCUUGGAUGAUCUUGACAUUGAAGCGUGAUUUGGCGCUUUUGGAGAACCAGAUUCCUUUCUUUGUUCUUAAAUCCUUGUUUAAGCUUGCAUUUCCUCGCGGAGUUAAUGGUGUGUUGUCACUAAACGAGCUUGCUCUUCAGUUUUACAAGUCUACAUUGAACAUCAAUGAAGAAGCGUUCAUUGCAAAAUGCAGCUUAAAGGGUAAGCAUUUGCUUCACUUGUUAUACAAUUGUUACCUCCCUCCAUCGCCAAAGUUUGGUUCAAGGAGCAAGGAAGCGUGGGAUUUCAUACAUUGUGCAACCGCACUAAGUUAUGCUGGAGUCUUCUUCGAAAGAAAUGAAUCAGAAAACUUAUUCGACUUAAAGUUCAGCAACGGCAUAUUCCAAAUCCCAACUCUACGGAUUCAUGACUCAACUGAUUCGCUAUUCAGAAACUUCAUCGCUUACGAGCAAUGUCAGCAAGACAGUGCACAUUACAUCACCUCCUAUUGCAUGCUCAUGGAUAGGUUGAUUGAUACCGCGAAAGAUGUGGAGUUACUUGAAAAGAAGCGGAUCAUUGAGAAUGAUUUGGGCGGUGGAGAAGAUGUAUCAGAUGUGUUUAAUAAUAUCUGCAAGCAAGUAGUCUUGAAAGACUUUUAUUUUGCAGAACUAUGUGAUCGAGUAAAUGGGUUCUGUAAGACUCCAUGGCAUAGUUACAAGGCAGAGUUGAAGCGUAACUACUUCAAAAAUCCAUGGAGUACUAUUUCAUUCUUGGCUGCCAUUGCCCUUAUUGCUCUUACAGCUUUACAAACAGUUUACUCUGUACUUUCUUAUUACCACCGUUGAUUUUGUUUCCUUCCAUGGUGAAGAGUCCCAAUGAAGACAGAAAAAUCUUUUUUUGAAGGUUUAAUACUGUGUUUUUGUG